CUACCGGAAAUACAAAUGUCACGCAAUCUUGCCUUUCUUUACCGGAAACUCAGAACUAUAUGCAAUCUCUCAUCGUGGAUUCGCCAUUUGUGGCUGACAAUAAUCAAGCACGAAUCCCUCACAUUUACACUUUAUGGUAUGACCAUUGAUUCGGGUGCGUAUCCAAAUACGGCUUAUGGAGAAUUAAAUGGUUGUCCGAUGGGAAGUAGCCUGGGUGAUGACAAGAAACGAACCGAGAUUGCAAUUAUUGGAGCAGGGCUGGUCGGGUCCCUUUGCGCAAUCUACUUAGCCAGGCAUGGCUAUCGUGUCGAUAUUUAUGAAGCACGAAAAGAUCCUCGCCUUGUAAAGACUGUGAGUCAGCGGAGCAUCAACCUCGCGCUUUCACACCGGGGAAUAGCAGCUCUUGCUGUAGUGGGAUGUGACGAGCAGUUGCUGGAGGACAGUGUAGCGAUGUCAGCACGGUAUAUUCACGCGCGAAACAGACAGACUUACUCUAUGCAGUACGGCACAAAUGGAGAGUGUAUAUAUUCAGUUGAACGCAGGAAAGUAAACGAAUUCCUUCUAAAUGUCGCAGAAAGUUACAUGAAUGUAACCUUCCACUUUGAACACAAACUUCGUUCGGCUGAUCUAGACUGCGCAAGUUUCAUCUGUACUUCUCCUGAUGGUAGCGCGUUGCGCGUGAAUGCGGACCUUUUGGUUGGCUGUGACGGCGCAUUCUCUGCGUUACGAAGGGAAAUGAUGGCGAGAACGAGGUUUGACUAUAGUCAGGCGUACAUCCCCCACUGGUAUAAAGAGAUCAGCCUCCCGCCAAGACCAGACGGAGAGCCGCACAUCGAGCCGAGUUAUCUUCACAUAUGGCCUCGCACGUCAUUCAUGAUGAUCGCACAGGCAAACAAGGAUAACUCUUUCACGUGUACGCUGUUUGCGCCGUACGAACACUUCGAAAGGAUAAACACCAAGGAAGAUGUUCUAGGAUUCUUCAACAGUGAGUUUCCCGAUUUCAUGGAUCAUCUGGAGGAGGAUCACUUGCUGAGAGAGUACUUCGGGAACCCUGUGGGAUCCAUGGUUACUAUAAAGUGUAGUCCCUACCACUACAAAGACAAGGCCGUUAUUCUCGGUGACGCGGCACAUGCAAUGGUACCCUUCUACGCACAGGGCAUGAACUGCGGUUUUGAGGAUUGCCUUGUAUUAGAUGAGCUGCUUGUGAAGCACAAGAAAGAUAUUGGUGCAGCACUGUCCGAGUAUACAAGUGUCCGUAAUCCGGACGGGAAGGCGAUUUGCGACCUUGCUAUGUACAACUAUACUGAGAUGCGAUCAUCGGUGACGUCCAAAAUAUUCAUCUGGCGCCGCACCCUGUAUCUAUUACUACAUAAAUGUUUUCCACGCCUGCUACUACCGCUAUAUACUAUGGUAAACUACACUAAAAGCGACAGUAUUUCACUGGUUACAUUUUCCCGUAUACCUUACCAUGAAGUUAUUAUUAGAACGAGACGGCAGGACAGGAUCGUGAACAUACUGAUGCUCUCGCUGCUAGCUGCCGGUACGCUAGGACUCAUGGCAGCGUUCAAAAGGAUGGCACGAUUUUUGGCUUUAUGAUGGCUUGUCUUGUGCUGUGUAAAAAGAAUCAUUUAGAUGCAUUGAAACAUUUCUUAGCGAUGCCGCGCAACGUAUGAUGCUGCUAUAUGGGAAUUGCUGGCACUGAUAAACAUUACAGAAUAUUGAGCUUAAGCGCAGCUAUUAUGAUGUACUAUAAGCAUGCCCCACUGGCGGACCUAAAGGGGCGAGAGUGCCCCGCCCUCCGACUGAGAUUAUAGAAGAAGUGCGUGGAAGCUAAAAUCCACAAUUACCUCGCCAGGGGCGUACCUAGAAAAACACAGGAUGGGUCCAGAUUAGUAAUUUACUGACCAUGAAUCAAUUAAGUUUAAAUCAGUAUUUUUUGCUCUGGUAAUAGGUAACAGGAUCCAUCUAGGAGCAUUUUCUAUCCAGAUACACACAUAAAAUUAACCGCCUUCUUAACUAGCAACGAAGGUGUCAACCGGAGUCGAACUCAUCCCGUCACACGAGCAGGGUGCACACCCUCUGGACACGUGCUUCUCGCGCCAUGUUUUAUAUAUUUAUAGCUCCCUUUCCUUUAGUAUAAUACCUCCUCCACCUCCUUGAAAUAUAUUACAUCCGUCCAUGUCAUAUAACACGAUUUAUUUUGAGAAUUAUGUUACACACAUGACUUAGUACCCAGACGUAUUGAAUACUAUCUACUAUAUAUUCGAGGUGUAAUGGUAAAGAAACUUCUGAUUGCCUUCGAGAAAUUAUCAUAUCUGGAACGCGACCCAGCAUUCCGCAGGGACCGGGUUCUUUCUACAAAUAAGCUUGACCGUGGCGCUAUCAUUCGUUCCCAUUUUUUCAGUCACCUUCAGCUUCGCGACUUCCACUUGGUUCUUGCUAACAAGGGACGGCCAGCUUUGAUAGAUGAGAUCGUAUGCUUGCACGGCAUCAUGGGAGCUGUUGACCGUCUUAGCAUUGGUAACCAUAGCGAUAGUUGAGGUGAUGUAAAGGGUUUCGACAAGGAAGCCAUUCUGAAUGAGAGGGUUGCUGCUGUAGCGUAGCGAGUAGAUCAUCGUAGGAUCAAAGGUGAGGGGAGUGACAGCAAAGAACUUGUUCUCCGUCUGUUCGUCCACCUUUGACAAUGCACUUGUGUAAGCUUGAAGAAAAAAAACUCAAAUGACUUUCGGAGAAGUAGUAGAGUAUAUUUAUUCCACUAUUGCAUGUUCCUGUAAAGUACCGUGUAACACAGAGCAUCCAUUUCCAUUGGCCUACAUACUCAAGCAAGUAAUUGAGAUAUUGUUGAUCAAAUAUCGUGAAUUUAGUGUCAUGAUUUAUUAAUGAAAGGCUAUUUCGAUGUUGUUUACCAAAUAAACCGUUGUAAUUCAAAGUAAAAACAAUAACAAAGGAGUGAAUGUACGAUAUGGACAAA